AAAUUUUUUGGCAAAGGAGACCCGAAUUUGAGGGAUACACAGCAAGCAAAGUAUACAGAAAGCAGUAUCGAAUCUCCAAAGUGUAGUUAAAUAAAGCGAACCCAAAAAACAGCUCAAAAGACGCUUGCAGCAACCACUGGCAAAAUCUCUUCAAAUGUGCAGUUCCCUCCACCUCGCUCUCUCACUCCGUCACUCGCCUCUGCAACUGCAACAACCACUCUCUCUGAAGAAUCUACUGUUCCUUCUCCCCUCCAUCUCCAUUGAUUCUGCUUCUCUUCUCAGUACUUCUCACCCGUGCUUCUGCUUGCUUGCCUCGCUCUGCGUUUCUUCCGAAAUCCCAAGAAAGCACGCCGCGUCCGUCCAGUGGCUUCGGGGUGAGCAAAGGCGCGGCCUUUGACUCGUCCAUGGCCAUGGCCGCCGAGGCGUUCGGCGCCGCGGGGCCGGCGCCGAGGACGCCGCCCGUGACGGCCACGCGGCAGGACGUGCAGGCCGCCAUUGCCAAGGCCGUCGAGCUGCGGGCGCUCCACGCGGCCCUCCUGCAGCGCGGCGGGCCCAAUGGUGGCGGUGGCGGCGCCAGCGCCAGCCGCAGCCCGGCCAUCAUCCGGCUCCCGCCGGUCGCGUCCCCGGCGCUCUCCAGGACGGCGGCGGCGGGGGCGGCGGCCACCGUGGAUGAGGACUACCCGGUGUUUACUCCGGCUUACGAAGAGGAGCAAAUGGCCGGAGAGAGCUACAUUUGCCAGGACAACCGGAGCCGAUCGGAGAACUGGAGCGGCAUCGCCUUGGACCGCGGCGGCGGCGGCGAUGACGACGCGGCCUUCUCCGACUACGACAACCUCAACGUCUUCUCUUCUGCGAACAGUGAGGUCCGCUUCCCGUCGUCCACCGACCACCACCGGAGACACAAGGUCCACCCGGCGUUCUUGCACUCCGCGCCGUCGGCCGAACGUUUCCUCGCGUCCGCCGGGAGGGCGACCGGCACGGGGGACCUCAAGGCGCCGGCGACGUGCGGCCGCGCGUUCCGGCCCGCGACGAUCGGCAGGGACCACGGGAUCGACGUCGGAGCCCUCAAGUUCCUCAGCGGCAGCAGGGUGCCGCCGCUCUCCUCCAACCACGCCGCGGCGGCGGCUGCGUCGGCGUCGCAGCCCCGGCCGAAGCACAGAGGGGCGCAGAUCCUCUCGUGGCUGUUCCCGAGGACGAAGAAGAAGGCGAAGCCGGAGAUGAUGUCGCCGAACGCCAUCGAGCGCGAGAACAUGUCGCAGCUGCUCAAGGAGUGGGGCUUGCUGUCGCUCGACUCCCUCCGGCGAGAGCUCGCCGACGCCAACGCGCACCGCGACGCCGCGCUGCAGGAAGCCGCCGAGAUGAGGUCGUCACUGGGAGAGCUGACCACCAAGCUCGUCGGCCUCGAAUCCUACUGCUCGGAGCUCAAGAAGGCACUGAGGCAAGCGACGAGCUCGAGCAGCAACACGCAGUUGUCAAGGAGAUCAACCAGAUCGAUCGGAGCUAGCCGAGAGCUCCCGGGCCCGGUCAGCCAUGAAGCAAUGGUGGAAGGGUUCUUGCAGAUUGCGUCCGAGGCGCGGCUCUCGGUGAAGCAAUUCUGCAAGGCAUUGAUCCAGCAGGUCGAGGAAGAACCUGACAAUGGCCUUGCAGACAAGCUGAACCUUCUUCUCCAACCUUACCAGCUGAUGAUCACCGACAAGCAUUGCUCCAAGCUUGUGCUCUAUCAUCUCGAAGCUCUAAUGAACCAGGCUAUGUACCAGGACUUCGAGAACUGCACGUUCCAGAAGAACGGGUCACCGAGGUGGCUCGAUCCGAAGCAGGACUCCCAGGAGAACUUCUCCUCCUUCGUCGCGCUGCGCAACCUGAGCUGGAACGAGGUGCUGAGGAAGGGGACAAAGUACUACAGCGAGGACUUCAGCCGGUUCUGUGACCAGAAGAUGAGCUGCAUUCUAUCCACUCUGAAGAACUGGUCCCGGCCAUGGCCGGAGCAGCUGCUGCAGUGCUUCUUCGUCGCCACAAAGUGCGUCUGGCUGCUCCACCUGCUCGCCUUCUCCUUCACCCCCGCGCUGACGAUCAUGCGGGUCGAAGAGAGCCGCGUGUUUGAUCAGAUGUACAUGGAGGACAUCCUUCCUGACAAGCAGCAGCUGCACAAUCCCUGUCAGGUAAAGAUCAUGGUAAUGCCAGGGUUCUAUGUCCAAGAUCGAGUGCUGAAGUGCAGAGUCCUCACAACUCCAUAAGUAGCAUAAUUGUGAUCCAUGGUUUAGCUCCCAUUGACCAAUAGCUAGUGUGGGAUUUAAGUGUAACAAAUUUUAUUAUCAGUGCAAAGUACAGAAAUGUAUGUUGAUCAAUAUGUUUGCAAGUAACUUUAACAAGCCCAGAAGUGGGAGAAUUCUUAGACAA